AUGGGUAACAAGGAGACAAAGAUUGCUAACAAGGACAAUGGUCAUGAUCAGCCACCAACAACAUCAACGUCAUCAACAUCAGCAAAAUCAACGACAACAACGUCUUUACCCAACUCUGCAACAUCAACACCAUCAGGAGCAUCGAUCCAAUCACCAGUGAUACCUACAAGGACACCAAAGUUGAAUGCACCUUCAACAUUAUUGAACGAUGAGAACAUUGCCAAGCUAUCAAGUAAUCUACCAUCUGAUGAGUAUCGUACUGAAUGGUCAUUGCUCUACUCCUCCACAAAGAAUGGUCAUAGCUUCAAUCGUCUUUGUUCACAUAUAACUGAAAAGGGUUCAACAUUGAUAUUGAUCAAGGAUGAUGGAGGACAUGUGUUUGGUGGCUUUGCGGAUGAGGUUUGGAAGACAAAGUUCCCAAAGUUCUACGGCAAUGAGAGAUCCUUUGUGUUUAGACUUCAACCAACAAUCGAUGUGUUCAGGGCAUCUGGAAUAGACAGGAACUUCCAGUAUCUCAAUGAAGGAACAACAACAUUAUACAAUGGUAUUGGCAUGGGUGGCAUCCAACAUCUGUUUGGUUGGGUCAUCGAUGACACGUUUGAUUGUGGACAUAGCAAGGUGUCUGAGGAUGAUGAUGAAAGUGGACAUGGAAAGAGUUCAACGUUUGGUAAUCCAUCACUGUCUCAUUCAAAGGAGUUUAAGUGCGUUUAUGUAGAGGUGUGGAUGGUGAAGGAGCGUGUGUUGACAGAGGAGGAGAUGGAGGAGCGAGCUCAACAAGAGGCCAGAAGGAAAAAGAGAGCAGGCAAGAGUGUUCUCGAUGCAGAGGGCAAUGCAGACAAGGUCAUCGCUGGAUACAUGGGUCACAACUUCUCCAACUUCAAUGAGGACAUCAAGCAGGAGGCACCCAAGAAG